AUGAUCAAACAUAACCUCUUACUUUAUCUCGCAAUCGCGUAAAGGUUAAUGUUUGGACACAUUUUCGUACAAUAAUUAACAAAGAUCGACUCUUAUAAUACUUUUGUAUAUCGUAGAUAUAAAUUGUUAAUAAAUAAUGAAAAAUUUGACAGUGACUCGACGUGUCAGUCGACGUUUAGAAUCUUUACAGAAUGAGAUUCCAAGCGAUUCACCGAUAUUGCACGCUGUUAAUUCAGUAAAUGAUGAUUUGUACAUAUUAUUAAAGAAUAAAAUAUACAAACUACCAUCUGAAUAUGAGAAAGAUAUUAUUUUCUUUAAUAUCGACGAGAAAUUAGAAUUCGUCGGUUUGGAGUAUUCUAUCGUUACCCAAGAAUUGUAUGGUGCCUGCAAAUCUGGUGAUAUUAUGCGAAUAAAUGUAGAAUCUGAAUUUGAAUGCGAAGUAAUAAGUCAGUUGAACGUAGAUUUGCAAUGUAUGAAACUCAGCCCAGACCACGAAAUAAUAAUAGUAAUUACAGAUUAUGGUACUGUAAUUACAAUGGUAUCUACUUUCGAUAUAAUAUCGGAGGUUGACCUGCAUGCUCCAGAAUUUGGUCAGAAACAAUUUGUAACUGUUGGAUGGGGUAGAAAAGAAACUCAGUUUCACGGAUCAGAAGGAAAGAAAGCAGCAGUGGCAAAGCCAACACAGCUAUCUAAAAAUGAAUCAGACGAUGAAUUAUGCAGGAUAACUUGGCGUGAAGAUGGCUUGUUAUUCGCUGUUGGUUUCUUAAACAGAGACACUGCAGUACGACAAUUUAAAGUAUUUAAUAGGGAAGGUAUUUUACAAUACACAAGCGAGCUUACCAGUGGUCUACAAGAACCACUAUCAUGGAAACCAUCUGGCAGUUUAAUUGCAACAACACAGAACUUGGCGAAUAAGCACGUUAUUGCUCUUUUUGAGAAGAAUGGCUUGAAGCACAGAGAAUUCACACUUACUUCUAAGCAGGAUGAAAUUAAGGUGAAAGAUUUAUUUUGGUCUCCAGACUCAGAAGUUUUAACCAUUUGGUGUCAAAUGAAGGAAGAUUCUUCUUCAAUUCUGCAACUGUGGACAGAAAAUAAUUGCCACUGGUAUUUGAAAGAAACAAUCAGAUUCACUGUUGAUAAUCCACUGUUAUGCGCGACAUGGAGCACAACUGUAUUUUGCAAAAGAUUAAUUUUUGUGACACUCAAAGAAUUCAUCACUUGCGAUUAUUAUUGGUGCGUUAAUCAUAGUAGAGGCAAAAGUAUAAACGACAAAUCUGUCGUUGGAAUAAUCGAUGGAAGUAAGUUGUUAAUAACUGGACUCAGAAUGGGAAUUGUACCACCACCGAUGGCACAUCAAACUUUAGAGACUUCCGAAUAUAUAAAUGCUAUUGUCUUUGCACCGGAUGUAGAAAACUCAUGGAUAGAUAGUAAUGCAUUUUUUUGUGUCUCUGACAGUAAUAAAUUAAUAUUCUACAAACAUGUAACGGAUUCAUUUAUGGAGUACAAACACGUUGGAUCGUAUGUUAUUAGUCCAGGAGAAUUUGAAUAUUCUCCAUCCGAUAUGCAUCAUUUUCUUUGGCUCGAUGAAAAUAUCAUUUUAUGUUCGAUAUCGAAAGCAGGCCACAGUAUUCUUUGUGUCUUAACUUUAAACGCAAUAGACAAUGAAACUCAGAGUCAAAUAAAAAUAAAAGAAAUGCAUCAUAUGUUAGAUUUAAUUCAUCACAUUGUUCCUUCUCCUAACGCGAAAGAAGCUUACAUAGUCCUUGAAAAUUCUAUCGUUAAAUUUUCAAGGGAAGGGGAAUUAAUUCCAAUCGACAUACAAUUAUUAAAUCACACUUACAAAGUGGAGAUUGUGAAAAUAGGUGAAAAACACGUCGUUCUAUCGCUAUCCUAUAGAAACUGCUUCGCGAUAAAUGGAAAGCAGAUAACUAAUAAUGUUACCAGUUUUUUUGUUCAUUCGGAAUUUUUGCUUCUCACAACUUCGCAACACACGUUAAUAUGCGUGAGCAUAAAUCAAGAAAAUUUCGACAAGUUGGUCGAACAAGACCUAACUGUCAAGCCAUGGGAAAAUUCUAAUGAGAAAUUCUUAGAUUUAAACGUGAGACGGAUAGAGAGGGGAUCUCAACUGAUUGCAGCAAUCCCGAAGGACUCGAAAACUAUUCUACAAAUGCCUCGUGGAAACUUGGAGUGCGUACAACCACGAGCUCUGUCCUUGUAUAUCAUUGGAUUUUAUCUAGACAAUUGCAAUUAUCUUUCUGCAUUCGACUUGAUGCGUAGACAGCGAAUAAAUUUGAAUCUGCUACACGACCACGAUCCGAAGAAAUUUAUUGAGAAUGCUGAUAAAUUCGUCGAGCAAGUUUCCAAACCUAGCUGGUUGAGUUUAUUGCUUUCCGAGUUAGCGAGCGAAGACGUUACUACAACGAUCUAUGCAGAUUAUUAUAGAAAAGGCCACUUGAAAUCAGACACCGCGACGAAUAAAAUCGAAAUAGUUUGCAAUUUAUUGCGAGACAUUAUGGAAAAGAAGAACGAUAGUAAUCGCUUGAUUCAGCCGAUACUAAUCAGCCUAGUUAAAGAUAAAAGGAAGCAAGGUCUGGAAGGUGCGUUGGCUAAAUUAAAAGAGAUUCGAAGAUUAGACGACUCUAGGGGAAACGAGGACUGCAUAACAUCGGACGAAGCACUGAAAUAUUUAUUAUAUAUAGUAGAUGUAAAUGUGUUGUUCAAUACUGCGUUAGGAAUGUAUGAUUUUGAUCUAACGAUGUUUGUCGCGUCCAAGUCGCAAAAAGAUCCCAAAGAAUAUAUCCCAUUCUUGAAUGAUCUGAAAAAGCUCGAUGAAAAUUAUAUGAAGUAUUCCAUUGACUUAUACUUAAAACGUUACGAGUCUGCGCUUGAACAUAUAGCAAAGGAUUCGAACAGAUUCAACGAAUGUAUGAAUCUGAUACAUAACCACAAUUUGUACACAAAAGCUAUGAAAUUAUUCGAAAAGAACAGCGAACAAUACAAGGAAAUAGCUAGGAGUUAUGGCGAAUCUUUAGCAAAGAAGAGACACUAUCAAGAAGCUGGAAUCAUGUUUCAUAGGAGUGGGGACCUAAAACAAGCUUCGGAUGUUUACAAGUUGGCUGGUUGUUGGCAAGAAGUUAUCAUCUUGUCCACUCAAAUGGAACUUAGUCCGAUAGAAAAGCGAACACUUUACAAAGAACUCGUGGAAUGCUUGAAGAACGAUAAACGAUACGAGGAAGCAGCUUAUAUUUCGGCAAAUUAUUUACAAAAUACGGAGGAAGCAAUGGUUUGUCUGUGCAAUGGAAAACGUUGGAAAGAUGCUAUACGAAUUGCACACGACGCCGAGCGUCUAGAUCUGAUCGAGUCGUGUGUAAAGUUAAGCGUAUACGAAUACGCUGAUCAUAUAAUGUCUCAGCUACAAAAAAGUAGAAAUGAUUUUGAGCAACAUAGAUCGCGUCUCGCUACAGUCAGAGUAAAUAUUUCUCAGAGAAAUGCGAAGAUUUUUGACGGAAUAUCUUGGAACAAUGAGUCGAUAUGUGACAGAGGCAUUUCAGACAUUCUCAGUGAUACGAGUAGUGUCACUAGUUCAACGAUGAGUCAAAAAUCGAGAUUGUCCAGUUUGUCUGGAAAAAGUUACAGAUCCAGCAAGAAUCGUAGGAAACACGAAAGGAAGCUCUUAAAUUUAAAGGAAGGUAGCGCCUUCGAAGACUUAGCUUUAAUUCAAGCUUUAUAUCAAAUCAUCAGCAAUACGUACAAAGAGACGGAUGAUAUACAUGCGUUGGUACAAGUGCUCGUGUAUUUUGACGAUGAUGAAUAUGCAGGAAGAAUGCAAAAUUAUAUUAAACAGUUUCUCCUUUUGAUAGAGAAAAGUAAAUCUGAAAUUUGGGACGUAUCUGCACCUUCAAGCCUAACAGAAAUGGAAAACGCCGAACUUUCUAUGUCAACGGAAUUUCCAGGAUUGUCCGCUACUCAGAAAUUAAUUGAAUCUUACGUUACACACCCACCAGUAGCACAUUCCUCACCUUGGAAACUGAAUAUAUUUUAGUAUUUAAAUACAAUUAAUACUUUGUAAAAUAUAUUUCUAAAAUUAAUCAAGUUGUGAUCUCUCUACCUCUAACAAAUAUAUUUUCUAUUCUCUA